UGCGCCGCUAGCUGAGUAGCAUCAGCGCCGCUAGCAUGGCUCAGCUCAGCAGACUGUCGCGUCUCCUGAGAGCAUCCGUUCACACAGCCGGGACGGGAUCGAACCCGGGCCCUGCGUGCUGCGUGCAGCUCACGCGCUGCCAGAGGUCGGUGGACAGUAAGGCGUUACAGGAGAGGCAGAAGCAGCAGAUGGCGAAGGGUCUUCCAAAACAGAAGCCCAUCUCGGGGGUCAAACAGGUCAUCGUUGUGGCUUCAGGGAAAGGUGGCGUCGGCAAGUCCACCACCGCAGUGAAUUUGGCUCUUGGAUUAUUGGCCAACGACCCGCUCAAGUCAGUCGGUUUGUUGGACGCCGACGUUUACGGUCCAUCGAUUCCCAAACUGAUGAACCUGAAGGGAAACCCGGAGCUCAAUGACCACAAUCUGAUGAUCCCUCUCAUUAACUACGGGGUUCCUUGCAUGUCGAUGGGGUUCCUGGUGGACGACGUGGCUCCGAUCGUGUGGAGGGGUCUGAUGGUGAUGUCAGCGAUAGAGAGACUGCUCAGACAGGUGGACUGGGGGUCUUUGGACUACCUGGUGGUCGACAUGCCUCCUGGGACCGGAGACGUCCAACUGUCAAUCUCCCAGAACGUCCCAGUAGCAGGCGCCGUCAUCGUGUCGACGCCGCAGGACAUCGCCCUGCUGGACGCUCGCAGAGGAGCCGAGAUGUUCAAGAAAGUUAACGUGCCGGUUCUGGGUCUGGUGCAGAACAUGAGCGUCUUCCAGUGUCCCAACUGUCACCACCAGACUCACAUCUUCGGCUCCGACGGGGCCCGACAGCUCGCAGACACUCUGGGAGUCAGAUUACUAGGUGACGUUCCUCUUCAUCUCAACAUCAGAGAGAUGUCGGACAGAGGGAAACCAGUGGUCGUCUCCUCUCCUGACAGCCCCGAGGCGGAGGCGUACAGGAAGGUGGCGUCGGCCGUGGUCCAGAGACUCGAGGAAGUCAACACUUGAUUUAUGUAAACUGGGAGAGCACAUGAUGACACUCCAUGUCAUGUGACACACAUGCAAAACAAACAGACAGACAUGUGACACACGUUUAUGUUAACAUACAGAAACGCACAAUAAGUUAAUAACAAAGCACUGCUGUGCACUGUGUGUAUUAGUACUGCAGUACUACUGAAUAUAUGUGAUCCUUUUAGCUGUGAUGAUGUUUAAUGAACCAAUGAACUCAACUGUGUUUAUGAUGUUCUGAAAAUGACAUUUUAAAUACUUUUGCAUGCUCUAAAAAGCAGCUGGAGGUAACUGUUAAAUAUAUUUAAACUUCAUUACCCAGGGUUCCAAUGCAAGGCAAGAUUAUUUAUGUUGCAAACAAAGGCAAUUUAAAGUGCUUUUCAUAUAGCAUAAAACAGUAAAUAAGACAAUUUAUAAAAGAGUAAAUAAAUAAAAAACAGGCGACUGCCUCUGAAAAUGUCCAAAUAAUACUUAAAAAAAAUAAGAUUACAGAAGAUAAAGUUAUAUUGCUUCUGUUUGACUCCCCAGUUUGGGUCAGAAAUAUAUUUUCCCUGCAAAAUGUGGAUAAAGGUGAUUCAGUCUGUAAAACAUCUGCAGUAUUAUAUAUUAAAAUCCCUCUUUUUUGUCCUGCUUUAAUAUUUUUGUCAUGUUCUUUAGUGUUUUGUUCUUUUGGUUGUUUUAAACAGGAAAAGUGAAGCUGAUUAAAACACGUGGGCUCCUCAAAAACUAACACUAUGUUAUGUAUAGAUAUAGUUUACAAAUGUAUAUUUUGUCAUAUCAUUCACAUGUGAAUUCUGAUUUAUUCUCGAUGUUAAUUUAUCAGAGAGAGCGUUGUAAUUUGAUGAAUAAAAUCUUUAAUGGUGCAGUAAACUGAAUGUUUUUUGAUCCAGACAAACAGAAGAGUCCUUUAGGAAACAUCAGGUCAGAUCCAUGCUGAGAAUAGACUGAAUGAGCCUUUAAUGUUGGAGGCUUUCACUGUGCACUUCCUCAGACAAACUGCAGAGGGAGCUUGUUGCACAUUUCUUUUUUCAUCUGAAUAAAGGUCACAGACACAUUCAUGCUAGGUCUUCUGCUGUUGAUGUCAGUCAGGGUUUAGUUUUUUCAUUAUGCCACCUGCUGAGGCCCUGCUGACACCCACUACUACUACCACUAUCAUUAUUAGUCACAUUACUAUUAUUAUUGCCUGUACUAUUACGCUUAUUGACUUGCUUCUACCCUGGAGUCUUUGUGCUUUCUCGCUUCGCAGGCUUCUAUAAAUCGUGGCUGUACCUGGACCGUGGACGUGCAUCCUGCUACGGCCCUGCUGACACCGACUGCUACCACCAUUAUUAUUAUUACUAGUCACAUUACUAUUACUAUUACCUGUACCAUUAAGCAUUUUAGCUUUACUUCCAC